AUGGAUCUCGCAAACACACUCAUUCGGAGCGUGGUCCGCGCUUUCUAUGAGACUCGCCAUAUUCUGGUCAUAGAUGCGCUGUUCCUACACUCCGUACUCCACGCCGAGGAUCUAGCUUUCUUAAUGGGCAUGCAGCAGAAAGAUCUGCGCAAACUCUGCGCCCGACUGCGGGAGGAUCGCAUGCUUGCAGUAAGCACACGUGCUGAAAUCCGUGAUGGAUCUACUCGUCCGGUCAACCGUGAAUAUUACUACAUCCCUCUUCACCCUGUCAUUGACGCCAUUAAGUACAAAGUCUCGAAACUCACAUCGACAAUUAAACUGCAGUACACCCCAAGCGAGGACCGAAAGGAAUACAUCUGUCUGCGAUGCGACACUGAGUGGACAGAGCUGGAUGUCCUCAGCCUGGUCUGCGAGGAAGGCUUCGAGUGCCAGAACUGCGGUGCAGUCCUAGAACGAACGGAAGAUGUCAAGGGUGUAGAGGGAAUUGACCGCACUGGUCACGAGAAGAACAGCAAGCUCAUGGCACAACUGGAUAACAUGUUGAAGCUGUUGAAGCAGAUUGAUACAGUGGAAAUUCCACCCAACGAGUUUGAUACUGCAUGGGAUCACAAGGUCGAAGUCGCCCGCAACCAGCAGACUCACCCUGUUCGUGCCGCUAUUCCUGUGGCCGUCAAGCAGCAAGAUAUCACCCGCGGCACAGCCAAGACAGAUGCCUCAGCUCUGGAAAUCUCGCUUACAUCAAGCGAAGAGAAGAGUGCUGCCGAUCAAGCUGAGGAGGCCGCUCGCAAAGCUGCCGUGGAGAAGCAGAAUGCACUACCCGUGUGGCACACGCACUCUACCGUCAACUCUGCAGCAACUGGCGAUGCCUCGGUCAAAAAUGAGGUUGGUAUCCCAGUCAAGGCCGAGAUUGGUGACGAAGAAAAGAAGCCUACCGAUGCAUUGGACGACAAGGUGGCCGCAUACUACGCAGAAAUGGAGAGAGAGAAAGCCAUCCAGGCCGAACAAGAUGCCAGCAGUGCUGAAGAGGAUUCUGAUGAUUUCGAUGAGUUCGAAGACGUUGGUCUUUCUGGGCCAAGUGGCCCCGGUACCCCUGCCACCGGAACUGGGCCGACCAGUGCUCCUGUGUCUUCUACUGCACUUACGGGUAUGAAGCGAGAUAUUGACGCGACAUCGAGUGCAGCACCAUCUUCUGUUGGCACACCCCUCACCCCAUCCGACGAUGGCCCUGCCUCUAAGAAGAUUAAGGCUGAACCUGGUCUUCCUAUCGAGUCAGUCAUCAAAUCUGACCCCGAUGCUAAGGCCGAAGCCGAAGUAAAGAAUGAGGAAGAGUCAGAUGAGGACGAAGAGGAUUUUAUUGAUGUUUAA